AUGCCACCAAUACAAUCCAAAAAAACUUUAGAUGACACUGAACAAGCAAUUCAAGCUAGACAAGAUUAUUUUGAACCGUUUAAUCAACAAUCAAGUAAAAUACACCUUAAUCAAUUUCCAUCUCCAAUUAAACGUAUAGUAAUUCUUCUAACUGGUUCAUUCAAUCCAAUAACUAUAGGUCAUUUACAUAUGCUUGAAUUAGCUCGUGAUUAUUAUCAUCUUCAAUCAAUUCAAGUUCUUAAAGGAAUAAUAUCUCCUGUUAAUGAUACUUAUCCUAAACCAGGUCUAGCUAAAGCAGAGCAUCGUAUUGAAAUGAUUCAAGCAGCUGUAGCAAAUAAUCAAUGGCUUCGAGUUGAUUCUUGGGAAGCUAAUCAAGAAUCUUGGACACGAACCAAAAUAGUACUUGAUCAUCAUUAUGAAGAUAUAAAAAAGCAGUAUGGUGAAAAUACUGAACUUCGUUUAUUGGCAGGUGCUGAUGUUGUACGUUCAAUGUUAAAUCCAAAAUCUUGGGAACCACAAGAUAUUGAUGAUAUUAUGACAAAAUAUGGUGUUGCUUGCAUAAAUCGCUUAAGUGCUCCAGAAUCUGGUCAAGAUAAGGCAACUGUACCUGAUGUUACAGAAGGCAUGCCUGAUCUUUGGAAAAAACAUAUCGAUAUUAUUGAAGAUUGGGUCGUUAAUGAUAUAUCAUCGACAAAUAUACGAAAACGAUUAGAAAAAGGUUUAAGUGUUAAAUAUAUCGUACCUGAUGCUACAAUCGCGAUCAUUCGUCAACGUCAUCUAUAUGGUUCAGACAAAUCUGUAUGCUUAAUUGAUUGGUCAUAUGAAAAAAACUAA